UACUCACUGACUUACCUUACAUACCUGCUACAGAGCAAAGAGGGCUAUCAUAUACUGCUCUACACACUCCAGGAUCUACAUUAGAUUAGAUUAGAACUAGCAUUCAGAUCUUCAACUAGAGAAAUGAUCUACAGGACGAGCGCCGUAUUUCUUCUAUUGCUGAUCAUCACACUCUCUGCAGGUGUGAGCAUAGAGCCUCGGUGUAGGUGUAGCGGUGUUGAGAGUCGUCGUGUCGGGAAGCUGAUUGAACGUGUCGAGCUUUUCCCCCCAAACGCUCACUGCGCCCACACAGAGCUCAUAGCUACAUUGAAGCACAGCGGUAAGCAGAUCUGUUUGGACACCAAAGCACACUGGGUGAUGAAGGUCAUCGAGAGAAUCAUGGCCAACAGGUCACCCUGAAUGCUUCUCCUGCUGUGUGUGGAGUCUGUGUGUUUACACUGUGUGUAUAAAGCAUCCCUAAGUUUUCUUAUUGUGGAAAGUGAAGCACCGUCUGAACCAAUAUUUAUUUUGUACUUUUUAUAUUUAUAUUAUUAUUGUUAUGUGAUUUUGGAAAUAAAAUCAAUUAUUCUUA